CAUGCUCAACGUAACUGCCCGGGGACUUUUGCUUUCCUCAUACCGGCUGCUCUGAGCCAAUGGUAGGAGGCAUGAGCGGAAAAGACCGCCCCUUGUCGAGAAACUACGCUGACCUGCUAUAAAUCCACCCAAAGACUGUUCCGAGCUCAGAAUAACGCAAGAGACUACAUAGAGAACUACACAGCCUUUUCUGUUCACUGCAAAAUCCCGAUCGCGCUUGGAUUAUAACUAUGACUCUGGAAGAGAUCCGCGGACAAGAGAACACAAUGGAAAACGCAGAUAGGGUGCAAAGUGCAGGCGCAGCCCUGGAAGAGCUGCUGGUCGCUGCUAAGAAGCAGGACUACCUGACAGUUGGAGUUUAUGAAUCUGCUAAAGUCAUGAAUGUUGACCCAGACAGCGUGGCAUUCUGCGUGCUCGCCACCGAUGAGGAGUACGAGUGUGACAUUGCUCUCCAGAUCCACUUCACCCUCAUCCAGGCUUUCUGCUUCGACAACGACAUCAACGUGGUGCGUGUCAAUGAUAUCGAGCGCCUGGCCGACCUCGUGAGCGCAGACGAGACCGGCGAGCCCAAGGACGCGCACUGCAUUCUUGUCACGAGCCCCAGUGCAAACCCAUGGAAAGACCCCGCUCUGGACAAGCUGAGUCUGUUCUGUGAGGAGAGCCGCAGUGUGUAUGACUGGGUGCCCACCAUCACGCUCCCAGAGCGCUGAAGUGACAUUCCACUAACAAUGCUUCACAUGAUGAUGAUGAAGAUGAUGAAAAGAAAGUAAGGAGCUGAGCCUCAGUUAGGGUUGUGAAGCCUUUCUGCCUCACUUUCUGGAUUAAGGGGCUGUGGCUGUAACCCCCUGCAAGAGCACAACCUACCAGUGCAUUCUGGGUCAGCACGUUGGUUCUGGAUUACCCUGAGGAAGGGUUCAAGUUCAGAGGUCAAGUGCAGACUGGGUCAGGUGAAUGUGGAAUGGACAGAAAGCCUGAUGGACACAGAAGGAUUUGGAAUGUACUGCAAAGUGCAUGAAUAAUUGAUAAGUGGCGUCCCUGUUGCUGUCCUAGUUAAAAGGCAAUGGGGAACUGAGCACAGCAGGUCACAGAGACCUUGCAAGAAAUGGACUUGUGAAAGUGCAGAGGCUGGACUGAAUCUCAUCAGAGGGGAACAAGGAAGAUGCUGGUUCAGAAGAGGGUGUCUAAAAAUGUCUAAAUGGACUUUACUUUUCUUUUUAUAGUGCAGCUAUCAGGAAGUUCUUGGAAUAAGCAGAGACUUUGCUUGCAAAUCCUGAUUUGAGCUGUGUCUGAACCUGUGACACUUUCUCACGGACUAUUAUUAUUACUUUGAAAUAUGCAGACAAAUAUGCAAUAUUGUUUGAAUUGUACUCAUUUUUAAUGUUUUGUGAAUAAACAUUUGAAAUCAA